AUGCCACUUAAGAUCAUCAUCUGCGGUAGCGGCAUCGGAGGACUUUCAGCUGCUGGGUACCUCCGCGCCAAACAUCAUGUCACGGUCCUCGAGCGCGGCACGCUCGACUUCACAGUGAACGACUAUGGAAUGUCAAUCGUCUCUAAUGCCUUCAAUCUCUUGCAAAGAGCUGGCAUCAAUCCAGAGAAUCUUGACAUGGUCGUCAUGACCCACGUCUGGACAAGAACCCCCAAUAAUGAAGAGCUGAAAACUACUCAUUUCGAUACGAGGGCGAGAUUUGGAGGAGCCCCCUCUGUACUGGUUAAGCGAGCCAAGCUACAAGGAGAGUUAAUGCGAUUCGCAACUAGUCCCAAGUUUGCCGGCGCACCAGCUGAAGUUAUUGAAAACGCUAAGGUGACUAAAGUCGAUACCGCCGCUGGGAAAGUAUGGACCGAAGAUGGAAGACUCUUUGAGGGCGAUUUGAUCAUCGGCGCCGACGGUAUCCACUCGGUCGUUCGCGGCGCCAUCCUCGGAGAUCAAGAUAUCUCAGCAUCCGUCAAAACUUACAAUACUCUAUCAUUUAUGACACAGCUAUCUGUCGAAGAUAUCCGAUCAGAUCCUAACUUUGCUUACCUAUCUGACCCCGCAACCCAGGCUGGUCUCGCCAAUGCGCACGCGAGCUCGGGUCCUGAAGUGAACAAGCACAUACUUGCUUAUCAUACCUCGCUAAGUUCCUUACAAGUCUUGGGCUACACCUCCGAGAAGGAAUUUUCCGAGCAGUUUGACUCCGCUAAGACAGCCAUCAUCAAAGACGUCCCCGCAUCCAGGGUAAUUGAGGAAUUCGCACCGGAGUUUGGUGAAGGAUUCAUCAACCUCUUCCGACACAAUAAGAUUGACGCCUGGAGGAUCCGCGACGUAGCUGCCAUGGAUAACUGGUUUUCCGGUAAGGCGUUGCUAAUUGGAGACGCUGCACAUGCGGUAACUCCUCUUGCCGGACAAGGGUCCAAUAUGACCAUCGAAGACGCAGAGGCUUUAGGUUACCUUCUUCGAGACGUGGACUCGCCCGACGCCAUUCCAGAUAUUUUGCAGAAAUUCAUGUCGUUGCGCAAGGAUCGAGUCGAUUUCGUUAGACGCCGCUCACACGAGAUAGGAGGUAUACGGACAGAAGGAGACAGAGACAGGAAGCCGAUCACCCCGGAGGAAUUUGCGCGGAAGAUUUAUACUUAUCAGGGGAUUGAGCAAGCGUUGAGCGGACCGAAGCACCCAGGUACGGGGUAG